CCGCCCGCCGCCUGCCAGCCAGUGUGCGUUUAACGCUGUUUAAACGUGGUUGCUGUGUAUAUUUUUUUGCCUUCCAAGCAAGGAAUCCAGCAAAGUUAUAAACGGCUAUCCGUUUACUCGAUUAGAUUCAACACAAUUAAUGUGUGGUUAACCUAGACUCGUUCACGGCCGAGAGCAGAAUAUAAACAUAAUGUCGUUUACAUCUGAGGACCUGAUACUAGCAGUGAUGCGGCGGCCAGCGCUGUGGGACCCCAGCGACCCUGGCUACAGCGACAAGAACAAAGUCAACAUGAUGUGGAAACAGAUACAGCGGCUGAAUAAAUACGACAACGUCGUUAGAAUAAGAAAGAAAUGGAAAAAUUUGAGGGAUCAGUACCGAAAGGAAUUGAAGAAGUACCCACCGGCUCGUCCGGGACAGCCGCCUAGCAAGUUCAAAUCCACCUGGAAGCACUUCGACGCGAUGUCGUUCGUGCGGGACCAAGUGUCGCGUAACCUCGGCGAGCCGAGCGCCGAGCCGCAAGACAGCGACGACAGCGAUGAGGAGCAAGACAGACCGCUGAGAGAAACAGCUCAAGCCCGGGUUCGCGGCCCCUCCCCCGAUCCUUCAGAAUCCUCGUCCAUGGCGAGUCGCAAGAGAAGUUCGUAUGACCUCCGACUAGAGUUUGUUAAUAUACAAAAGAAGAAAUUACUCAUGCAGCAAAAAGAACUAAGAGAGAAACGUAAGAGGGAGAAACAGCGUGAAAGAGAGAGAUGCGAUGAUGAUUACAUGUUCCUGAUGACGCUGUUGCCGCACAUGAGGCAGUUUAGUCAGGCACAGAAGCUGCGCGUUAGGAAUAGAAUGUACUCCGUCGUUCUGGCCGAGUUGGAAGGACAGGGCCAGUUUACUGAAACGUUCGAGUACGAUAAUAAAAUAGAAUAAUAAACUGUUUCACAUUAUA